AUGGCACGGCAGCAUGCCCGGACCCUGUGGUACGACAGGCCCAAGUAUGUGUUCAUGGAGUUUUGUGUUGAGGACAGCACGGAUGUCCACGUGCUCAUCGAAGACCACCGCAUUGUGUUCAGCUGCAAGAAUCCUGAUGGAGUGGAGUUUUACAAUGAGAUUGAGUUCUAUGCCAAGGUGAACUGCAAGGACUCCCAGGAUAAGCGCUCUGGCCGCUCUAUUACUUGCUUUGUGAGGAAAUGGAAGGAGAAGGUGGCCUGGCCCAGGCUCACCAAGGAGGAUAUCAAGCCAGUGUGGUUGUCUGUGGACUUUGAUAACUGGAGAGACUGGGAAGGGGAUGAAGAAGUGGAGCUGGCUCAGGUGGAGCAUUAUGCAGAGCUUUUGAAAAAGGUCAGCACCAAGGGACCACCCCCUGCAAUGGAUGAUCUGGAUUUCACCACCACUGUGGUCUCCUGCCGUCCCGCGGAGCUGCACACCGAAGGAAGCAACGGCAAGAAGGAAGUGCUGAGCGGUUUCCAAGUGGUACUGGAAGACACGCUGCUUUUCCCUGAAGGCGGGGGACAGCCUGAUGACCGUGGUACAAUCAAUGACAUCUCUGUGCUGAGAGUGACUCGCCGGGGCACCCAAGCUGAUCAUUUCACCCAGACUCCCCUGACCCCUGGGACUGAGGUUCAUGUCCGGGUGGACUGGGAGCGGAGGUUUGACCACAUGCAGCAGCAUUCAGGGCAGCAUCUCAUCACCGCAGUUGCUGAUGAUCUUUUUGGGCUGAAGACAACAUCAUGGGAGUUGGGGCGACUCCGGAGUGUCAUUGAGCUGGACAGCCCCUCUGUGACCGCAGAGCAAGUAGCUGCCAUCGAGCAGAGUGUCAAUGAAAAAAUCCGAGAUCGGCUGCCAGUAAACGUGCGAGAACUGAGCCUGGAUGAUCCAGAGGUGGAGCAGGUGAGGGGCCGGGGUUUGCCGGAUGAUCACGCUGGGCCUAUUCGAGUUGUUACCAUCAAGAGCGUCGAUUCCAACAUGUGUUGCGGGACUCACGUGAGCAAUCUCAGUGACCUUCAGGUCAUUAAAAUUCUGGGCACUGAGAAGGGGAAAAAGAACAAAACCAACCUGAUCUUCCUGGCUGGGAACCGGGUGCUGAAGUGGAUGGAGAGGAGUCACGGCACUGAGAAGGCGCUCACGGCUCUGCUGAAGUGUGGAGCAGAGGACCACGUGGAAGCAGUGAAGAAGCUGCAGAAUUCCAGCAAGCUCCUGCAGAAGAACAACCUGAAUCUGCUCAGAGACCUGGCUGUGCACACUGCCCACAGCCUUAGGAACAGCCCAGACUGUGGAGGUGUGAUCACAUUACACAGGAAGGAUGGCGAUUCUGAGUUCAUGAAUAUCAUCGCCAAUGAGAUUGGGCCAGAGGAGACCCUCCUCUUCUUAACUGUGGGCGAUGAGAAAGGUGCUGGACUCUUCUUACUGGCAGGACCAGCUGAGGCCGUGGAGACCCUGGGGCCCAGGGUAGCUGAGGUGCUGGAAGGCAAGGGCGCUGGGAAGAAAGGCCGCUUUCAGGGCAAGGCCACCAAGAUGAGCCGGCGGGCAGAGGUGCAGGCGCUUCUCCAGGACUACGUCAGCACGCAGAGCGCAGAGGAGUGA